AUGGCUGGUCGACAGGCUUCAUUUUUUAUCGAGCUGUUUUUCAUUUCUCAAAUGUUUCUUAACAUUGCCACUCAGCAGUGUGGAACUGGCGGUGACGUAUACUCGAUUUAUCAAAUGAUGCUUAAGGGCCACACCUAUAAGACUUUCAAGACUACACCAGGUACGCUGGAAUGCAGAGAGACCUGUCUCGUUGAUCACAGAUGUCAAAGCUUUAAUUUGGUCAUGUUCAUUGCAAUAUGUGAGUUAAACAACCAGACUAAAGAGACAAAACCAGAGGACUUUGUCAAGGACGAAAACAGAUAUUAUAUGGCAAAAGGUCCAAAACGAGGUAAUAUAGAAUAGUAGGGUGUAGUUAUGUUUAUGGAUUUUGCGCUACGAGCCACUAAUUUUUCCAACUUUUAACGAGCUAAAGUAAAAUUUCAAUUUCAGUUCCCCUGGGAUCAAUCUUUGAGCUGCCUGCUGAAUCAAGGAAGGAGAUCGAGGCGAGUACAGGAAGACAGGCAGUUAACGGUAAUUAUUGGCUGGAUUUUACAAGAUCUGGGAACUCUACUUUAGCUCGUUGCGACAUAAAGACAAAAUGCUAGUACAAGAAAUAUACCCUGAAUAUUUCUCUCUUAAUCUCUCAAUCAGCCUUCUUUCUAACUUGUUGCGGACUAUUGUGUCAAACAUCUAAGUCAAAACGGUGCAAAGUGCGUGAACCGUGGAAUCAACCACUCUUGCACAUGUAACUCAUCUAUGUAAACAGGGAAAUAUUGUGAAAAACGUUUUUCCUUUGUUGGAAUAUUUUCUUACCUCUGAGGGGAUCGGCCAUGAUUUCCUUGUCAUCACAAAGAAUAUCGCUAAUUAAGAAGUUUGGUUUUUAAGCGGUCAAAAAAAAAUCGUGGAAGGUUAUAUAUCACACAACGUUUCAAGCUCACAAAGCUCAACCUUGAGUUUGAAAAUUGCCUUAAUCCAGUAAAUGCAAAUAUCUUCGUCAUUUUAAACCGUUACGAACUGAAAUUUCCACACAAUGCAAAUACUGGUAAUGAAUUUUGUCCAUGGAAUGCGGUCACGUGGUUCGCGCGCAACAAGAGCGAAUUUCAUGGAACUAACUCCUACAAUUAGCUCCACUUGUUUCAAUUUUUGAGAUAUCGGCACAGGAAUGUCUUCAAUUUAUGAAGUUAGGAACGGAGUGAAUGUACCAUAAACCAAUUCGAGAUUAACCAUUGUGUUUGGUGGGUAAAUGAAUAGAAAGGACGUCAAAACGACGGGAAAGUAGCAUUGUAUAGAGUAGAAUUGGCCAUAGAUAAUUCCAAAGGCAAUUUUUUGAGAUAUCGCUACAACAGUGUCUUACAUUUGUGAAUUUAUGAAAUGGGUUGACAUACAAUUCACCAAGUGGUGACUACUGUACUUGCUUGGUAAAUGAAUCAAAAGGAUGACAAGACGAAAAGGAUAAGGCCCUUUUGCCUCACAACGUGGAGUUCGUAAACCAUGUUUUUCAACUAUUGCAGCUUGAUCCGCGCUAAAAAUCCAUACUAUUCAAAUCAUAUUGUUCUACAUUGGGAAGCAAAGAAAUAAAUGUAGAUAAAUAUAAGCCUUACUGCUGAUUCAUUUUACUAUUAUCUAGAAUGUGGGCCUGUUGGUGUGGCAGACAGAAAUGCAAUCUCAGAUGCCAGAAUGACAGCAAGCACAGUCUAUAAUAGAAAAUCUUAUCCGUACUUUGGCCGACUUCAUGAAAACAGGGGAUAUGGAGGAUGGUGUCCCAAGGCUAAAACUGACAGAACAGACUAUCUUCAGGUUGACGUGGGUACAAUGCUGUCUGUUUGUGCUGUGGCCACCCAAGGGGAAAAAGCUUUCAGGGAAUGGACUACCAGCUACAAACUACACCUAUCCUCAGACGGUGUAACUUGGAACGCUUACGAGGAGACCAGCACGACAAAGGUUUGAUCGGUAACUAUUAGUAAUGAUUAUAAGACCGCGAAGAGUCCAAUUCAGUGAGUUACAAAAGCAACUUACAAAAUUGCACCACUGCAAGCGAGAGUGUGAUUUGUUGCUAUUCACAAGUACGAUUACUGACCGAACGGUAGGACAAAAAGUCUUGUGACCAACCGCCAAACCAUAGUCAAGUUGAAGAAACAAAAGAGCUAUCAGAGAAUGCAUUCAUAAAUAACAGUUCACUUUAUUUUUAAAGGAAGAUGUACCCGAUAGUCUGCUGAUAACUAUCAUGAUUUUGAGAUCUUUGCCAAUAUGUUGAAUUAAGCCAAAUAAACCGCAAUUGCCAAUAGUAUGCUCUUUCUCUCAGUGAUAAACUGAGGAGUGGCGUUAAAAGAGUGAAAUGGCUAAGUGGUUUCAUUCCAGAGUUUUAAGCAGCUCUCAAGCUUGUAUGUCUUUGACUACAAAGCUUUGAGAAUUACCUUCAGUUUUUAUUGCGGCAAGAUUGAAGAGAAAGUUACAGUUCCAUGAUAGAUAUUAAUAAAGUUAGGUAGUCUUUCACACCCCAACCUUUCCAUAAAACAUGUCCCUUUAAACUUGCAUCAUGUGUUGCCGAACUACUCUAUUUUCUCGCUAUGAUGUUUGCAUUUUUCCUCUUCCAGGUUUUUCCUGGAAACUCAGACCAAUACAGCGUCGUAAAGCAUUUCCUCACCACUGACGUCAUGACCAGAUACGUUCGGUUCUAUCCCGUCACGUACCACAAAUUUCCAUGUUUGAGAGUUGAAAUAUUUGUACGAAAAUGA